AUACAUGAAGUAUGCACGGAGGGGUAAUACUUUCGGCCUGUAAUACUUUCGGCCUGUAAUACUUUCGGGUGCAAACUUCGUUCCUCAGGGGAAUAAUCUAUCCAAUGGGAUACGAGGAAAGGACAAAGGAAAGAGGUCGUGGCGAACUACCGAUUUCCGGGAAGACUCGGAACCAAUCAAAUCUGAGAAAAGGACAAAGUCAAAUCCGUCAAACCAUGUGCUUUCGUAAAACGUUUGGGUUGCAUCGUAUCGUCCUGAUUUCGUUCGUCAAGCCAGGGUGUAUUAUUGCUUGCAAGGCAAUGGAAGAACAAAAAGAAGAGAUUGUUGGUUUCUUACACAAUGUGUCUCCAACUAAAAAAAGUAGCAAGACAUCUUACUUUGACAUGUCCAUACAAACCACCCAUGGCUUAGUAAGAGGAGUCUGCUUCUCCGGAAGUAAACAGGAACACUUUGAUCAAAUGAGCAAAAAGAAAUCUCCAAUAAAACUUCGAAAUUUUAGAAUUGAAAGAGCAGGAGAUGCAACCACAGUACUGAUGAAUAACAAUGUACUGUUAGAGCCUACAAAAGAAAUACCUUUUUCAAGAAUUGAGCUGCCAAGUGCCAACAAUAUCCAAUCAAUUUCAGCUGCAAACACAAAUCAAAGUAUCACCAUCACAAAAAAGCCAAACUUAUUCAGAUGUCAUCAACAAAAAAAGUGAAGACAGAGGAUGGUGAAAAAAAAAAGUUGUUUGCCUAUCUUGUGGACCCACAUGGAGCCAUUAAGGUGACACUUUGGGAAC